UAAUCAAGGUAAACAAAACAAUGAAUAAUAAAUGUUUGUUUCGGUAACUUAUAAACUGAAUUCAUACUACACUACAUAAUACUCCUAAAUCUCACUUUAAGACUUUAGCACCAAAUUCUCUAAACUCAAUCGAGUUUCUUCAUAGGCUAGAUCUAGAUCUCAGUAGGUACAGAUGUGCUGCUCGAAGAAAUACUCUGGAACUUUUGAAAAUAUUGUUUUGGCUAUCUUGCUGGUCGUCACUGUAGCUCUUUUUUCUCUCCCAAUCAUAUUUUAUUAUAUUUCGGAUAUAUUUGUUUCUAUCAGUUCAACCAUGAUUCUUGAUUCAACCAAUAACAGCAAUAUCAGUGAUAUUUACAACGAAACAUUUCCUGAGAUAAAUUGUUCCACUAUACCAGUGCAGUGGAGCAAAGUGAAUGCUUCAUUGAACUGUUAUGAAUAUGCUGGGUCUAUCUGUGAGGCUUUCUUAACUCAGUGGAGUGAAUGUGCUGCUAUGAGGGAGGGAAGUAGUGUACAUGUUGGUGUGACAGAGGAGAAGCAAAUGAAACAUGAAAGCACACUUAAAACACUGAAUGGCUUUAUUGGUAGUCCUAUUUUUAAAAGCUGUGCUAAAGUAGCAUUACCUUUUCUUUGUCAAUAUAUGUUUCCUCUGAGUGACUGCUCAACAGGAACAAGUUAUUCAGCUACUAGAGAUGAUUGUAUUAUAAUAAGUGAAGGAGUGUGUGCUGAUGUGUGGGACUUGGGACUAAAAUUUGAUUAUGAUUUGCCUAACUGUGAUGAGUUACCUAAAGCUAAUGUAGCUCUUUCCACAAACCUCUCUACUUCAAAUGAAAGCAUUACAAAUAACAUCACUUGCAGAGAUGAUUUUGUUAAAACUAACGUGAUCUGUGAACCAAGAUGUGACAGAUUUGAACAAUCAUCUCAUACUGAAACACAAAUAAUGAUAGGCUCAGAAGUUACUGCUGCUAGCAUUGCUCUCUUACUGUCAAUCGUAACAAUUAUCUUGUCCAUUAAAGACCACAAAAUGAUGUUCAAGUAUCCUUCAAUAUUGAUAUUAUUUCAAGUCAUUGACAUUAUAAUAUUGGCAUCAAUAAUCAUCAUAACUGCUGCUGGUAGAGAUUAUUUGUACUGCAGUUCAGUGAGUUUGUUAGAAACGCUAGACAACCCAACUCUGUUCUGUAAAUAUGGAGGUGCUCUUUUUCAUUACUCAUUAAUAAAUUUGGUUCUUUGGUGGUUCUGCAAUGUGGCAAUAUUUUUUCACAAAAUUCUGUUCCCUUUUCAAGCAAACAGAUUUGAGAGGCUAGGUCGAAACAAGUACAUACUUGCUACAGUGAUUGUCGUUAGUAUGUUGGUUCCAUUACCAGCUGUUAUCGUUGGUCUUACUGUGAAAAAAGUACAAUAUAAUCUUAAUCGUUUCCCUCCUCAAAUGUGUGCAACUAGCAGUGAGAUGUGGUUCUAUUCCAAUAUUCUGCCUACCGAUUUGUUUCUAGGCGCUGGUAUUUUUAUGUUAAUAAUAGCACUGUGGAGCAUCAGAAAAAAGUCUAAAAUAUAUAAAAGUACUCAGUUGAGUACAGCUGAAAAGAAGAUAAUAUUAAUAUUUACUUCAGUUUCAGUGUUCAGUUUGUUCUCCUUGGGAUAUGUUAGCAGUGUAAUUGCAAGAGUUCCUGCUUUUGAAGCUGCUUUAACACAGUACUUUGAAUGUGAAGCUUUUGGUCAUGAUCCAGAAAAAUGCAGUAGGAGCACUUUUGAGAAGAUGUACAGUCCAUACAUGAGUGCUGUUGCGUACUUUUUAAUUGGUCUGGUAUCUCUCACUAUUCUUAAUUUUGUGAUUAAGUGGCAAAAAAUGAGAACAGGUGGAAGGACAAUUGUUAGAAAUGUUUCAAAAGUAUUGCUAAUAAAAACCAAUGAAACAUCAGUGUAAUAAAAAUUAUUAAAAUUGUGUUUG